UCCCCUCUCGACAUGGCGCUGAGGCGGUGGCUGCGGCUGGGGCUCUGCACCCCGUUACUCGCCUGGCUCCCGCUGCUGCUCCUGAGGGGUUGCUUGAUUGGAGCUGUGAACCUCAAGUCCAGUAACCGGAACCCAGUGGUGCCGGAAUUUGAAAGUGUGGACCUGUCCUGUAUUAUUACGGACUCACAGACAAAUGACCCCCGUAUCGAGUGGAAGAAAAUUCAGGAUGGCCAAACCACAUACGUGUUUUUUGACAACAAGAUUCAGGGAGACCUGACAGGCCGGGCAGAGCUGCUUGGAAAAACCUCACUGCGGAUCCUGAAUGUGACGCGCAAGGACUCGGCCAUAUACCGCUGUGAGGUGGUGGCUCGGAACGACCGCAAAGAGAUCGAUGAGAUGGUCAUUGAGCUCACAGUGCAAGUGAAGCCAGUUACCCCUGUGUGCCGAGUGCCUAAGGCUGUGCCUGUGGGCAAGGCGGCCACCCUGCACUGCCAUGAGGGUGAGGGCUACCCACGGCCGAACUACAGCUGGUACCACAACCACGUGCCGAUGCCCACCGACUCCAGGGCCAACCCCCGCUUCCGCAACUCAUCCUUCCUCCUGAACCCCGAUACUGGCACGCUGGUUUUCAGCUCAGUGCACAAGGAUGACUCGGGCCAGUACUACUGCAUUGCCUCCAAUGACGCGGGCUCUGCCAGGUGCGAUGAGCAGAACAUGGAAGUCUAUGACCUGAACAUUGGCGGUAUUAUUGGGGGAGUGCUGGUGGUCCUGGCUGUCCUUGGCCUCAUCACUGCAGGCAUUUGCUGUGCCUACAGGCGUGGCCACUGCAUCCAUCAGCAGCACAGUCACAGUUAUAAGGGCCCAGGGCGGCCUGAUGGAGUGAACUAUAUCAGGACAGAUGAGGAGGUAAGGCUGCAUGGAACAAUCCCAGGCUGUUGGGGUUCCCAACAAGAAGGCAACAAUCUUCCUCAGAAACUCCAUGGAUCCCCAUUCCUAGAAUAGGCCAGCAACUCUGCUGUCCUGCCCUUGCACCUAACUGGCCCAUCUGUGCCUGGAGGGUGGCACUCAGCAGGCAGGCCCAUGCCUCUGAAGAGUGUCACCCGAUUGCUUGGUG